GGGUUAAAUGUGCCUUAUGUAUCUGAGAUUAGUCACAGAUCUUUCUGGCAACGGUCCACCUUGCACUAAAUGCAACUAUUGUCAGAUCUGUUACUUGCUGAAUGUUUUACUGCACACAAACUCUGUUUUACUUUUUAUUCUUUAGUUAGUCAGAGUUAUUGAGCCAUUAUAGGACAGUAAUGAUUCCUGCAUUUAUUUUUGCCAAGACAAACAAAUCAUUGAGGUUAAAUUCCAUUGCAAAAUACUGCAAACCACAGCCAGUCCAUUAGAACGUGAGACACUUUGUACAAAGUUUCAGCCACACAAAGAAGAACGUAUUGCAGACAUGGGAUGGACCAACUCUUUUAUAUGGUUUCUGUGUUUGUCAGUGAGCGAGUGCUGGCAGCCGCUAGACUCUAAAUCUGUUAUACGUGGGGAGGUCCAGUCCCCUCAGUAUCCCCGGCCUUACCUUCCCAACCUGCUGAGGAAAUGGGACAUCUGGGUUCCUGAGGGCUACCAGAUCCAGCUGUCCCUAAAACACCUGGAUAUUAAAGCUUCCUCAGGCUGCUAUCAAGACUCUCUGACGGUUCUUUAUGACCAAAAUGUCUUGGGGAAGUUUUGUGGCCAGGACAAUUCAACUGAUCACCCAGGCAAAGAGCCGAUCCUUUCGCAAGGCAACAAACUGAGUCUUGUAUUCCAGACAAGUGACUUCAAUUCAGAACUCCAACAGCACAUUGGCUUCUCUGCUUCCUACAAGGCAAUAGUAAUUGCUUGUGGAGAACCUGAACCUUUGCUGAAUGGAGGGGUAAUCUUCCUAUCUGGCUUUCUGAAUCAGUACCGUUCUGUUAUUCAGUAUCACUGUAAUGAACCAUUUUACACUCUCCCUGGUGGUGAAAAUGUUACCUUCACCUGUGAAGCAGACAGGAAGUGGAGAACCAACCAUAACAAUGUAACUCCAACAUGUAUACCAGUCUGUGGCAAGCCCACAAAACUCAUCUCUGCCUAUCAGAGGAUCCUGGGAGGCAGUGAAGCUCCAGACUAUACCAUCCCCUGGCAAGUCCUACUGAACAUAGAUGGGGGAAGAGGUGGAGGCAUGGUGAUAGGAGACCGCUGGAUUAUGACUGCAGCUACUGACCUAACACGUGAUGGAAAACCAAUAUCAAAUGAGACCUUACGAAUGUACAUGGGACCUACUGAUGUUAAAAGGCUGAUGGGUUCUCCUGUGUAUGCUGCCUCAAUCUACAUUCACCCUGAAUUCAACAACACCAACGGUUUAGACUUUAACCAUGACAUUGCCUUGAUCAAACUGCAAGACCCGAUAACAUUCAACUCAUCCGUCAUGCCAAUAUGUUUGCCAGCAGAGGGUGCCACAUUCGUCACUGGUGAGAUCGGACUGGUGUCAGGCUUUGGCAUUACGAACAUAUACCCCCUACAAUUGACAAAUAAGCUGAAAUAUGUGCAACUCCCUGUUGUGGAACAAAAGACAUGCAGUAAUUCCGUCAAUAAACUGAAGAAGACAAGGGACAAUGUACCCAGUCUGACAAAUAACAUGUUCUGUGUUGGAGUCCCUGAAGGUGGGAAGGACUCCUGCCUAGGUGAUAAUGGAGGUCCCUACGCCCUGAGGGACAACGGAAGGUUCUGGGCUGCUGGGAUUGUCAGCUGGGGGGUUGACUGCGGAAAGCAAGGAACAUAUGGAGUCUAUACCAGAGUUACCAACUACAUGGACUGGAUCAACAAGACUAUGCAGGAGAACUGAAAUGUACAAUAAAAAAAUCAUUUUGAAAAACA